CGCGCUUCGGCGAUUCUAGAACAAGAAAUAUUGUUGCCGUGAUACGAUAGUAUUUUGUUCGAUCAAAUGAUACACGAUCAGAUCCGCGAAAAUAUAGAGAAAGCCGUAGUGUUUCAGUUUCGAUCGGCGUUUCAGCGGGCACGAUUAAAAAAAAUCCACUAGGGUCUCGAGACUGAAGACAUGUACGACGACUGCAUGUUUCUGUCGUUGCGAUUCCCGCAGAAACUCUGGCGGAUCGUGAACGAGUACAAAAGCGACGCAGUCCGAUGGAGCCUGAGCGGCACCACUAUCCUCCUCGAUUACAAGAAAUUCCAGGAACAGUACCUCGACCCGGGCAAUUCCAUCUUCAAAACGAAGAAUAUCACCAGCUUCAUUAGACAGCUGAAUUUAUACGGGUUCCGGAAAGUGACGUCGCACAAUCGGGACCCGAUUUGCAAUGCAUACAAUCCAGAUGUUCACGAGUUUUUGCACGGGAACUUCCGUAUCGGCCGGCCAGACCUUUUGUCGAGGGUGUACCGUAAAACUCCUGAAAAAUUGAGGCAUCGUCAACGAAUCGGCUCGAAAGGUAGCCCGGAAUCAACAACAACCAACAAGAACUUCGAACACGAGUCACGAUUGCACAUGUGUCGGUUGGCGUUAACGAAAGCCUUGGAACAAGUACGGCGGGAAUAUCAACGAACACAUCAUUUAACGAGAAAUAUAGAUUUUUUAAAUGAUCCAGCAAUUUCUCACGAAAAAGUAUUUGCCUUUAAUCUAUACCCUACUGAAAGUCAUGACGGCAAAGUAGAAUGGAUUGGUAGAAAUCCGAUAUCAAUUGCUUCGAAACGGAACAACGCAAACGGACAUGCAAGUUAUAACUGGUGUGUAUAUGAAGUGAACAAAUCUUAUGAAAAAGAAUAAUAAUACAUCUAUGUUAAA